CCAUUUGAAUUAAUUAAUGCUCAAAAUGACUGACUCUGCGGUUUGUCCAAAAUAGGCAAAAAGGGCAGCUAACUGUAGAAAGAGCUAAACAAGUGGAAGAAUUCCUACAGCGAAAACGGGAAGCCAUGCAGAAUAAAGCACGAGCUGAAGGCCAUAUGGGAAUCCUGCAAAACCUGGCAUCUAUGUAUGGAGGCAGGUCCAGCUCUUCAAGAGGAGGGAAGCCAAGAAACAAAGAGGAAGAGGUUUAUCUGGCAAGACUGAGACAAAUACGACUACAGAAUUUCAAUGAACGCCAACAGAUUAAAGCCAAAAUUCGUGGUGAACAGAAAGAAGCUGAUAAUGCCAAAGUACAAGAAGGAAGUGAAGAAGCUGACUUGAGGCGGAAAAAAAUUGAAUCUCUUAAGGCUCAAACAAAUGCACGGGCUGCUGUAUUAAAAGAACAACUAGAACGAAAGAGAAAGGAAGCAUAUGAGAGAGAAAAGAAAAUGUGGGAAGAACAUCCCACAGCAUUUCUACAGAGGAAUCCACUUAUUAAUGUCAUGGAGAUUGCCAUGUAUGUCAUAUAA